AUGAUGAGCGCGCUCGUGCUCGGUGCUCCCGCUCCCCCCUCACACGCCGCGCUCGCGACGCCCGGCUCCCUGCUCCUGCACGCGCAGCUGGCCCCGGCGGCGGAGCGGCUCUCGCGCAGCGCGCUCUCCCCGCCGCUGGAGCUCGCGCACCUCCGGGGCGUCCUGAGGCGGCGGCAGCUCUACUGCAGAACCGGCUUCCACCUGGAGAUCCUACCGGACGGAACCGUGCAGGGCACGCGCAAGGACCACAGCACGUUCGGUAUUCUGGAGUUCAUCAGCCUGGCCGUGGGGUUAGUCAGCAUCCGCGGUGUUGACAGCGGCUUCUACCUGGGCAUGGACAGCAAAGGGCAUCUGUAUGGCUCGGAAAAGCUGACGGCGGAGUGUGUUUUCCGUGAACACUUCGAGGAGAACUGGUACAACACCUAUUCGUCGAACCUCUACCGACACGGCGAGCGAGGCCCGCACUACUUCGUCGCUCUGAACAAAGAUGGCACGUCUCGAGAUGGCGCUCGAUCCAGGAGGUACCAGCGCUUCACGCACUUCCUCCCACGACCUGUCGACCCUGACCGCGUGCCUGAUCUUUACAAGGACACCCUGGGACAAAGCUGAGACGAGGGUUGGAUCUCAGAGAUGGCGAAAAGAGAAAGCCCUUCAUUUUGGGGUAGAAAAGGUUACUCCGGCAUAGGAGAUACGCUCCUGGAAUUUUGUCGAGCAGAUAAUCUGCUAGGACUAAAAAUCUCCAAACAUCCAUAAAUGUCUUAUCUUUUGGCUGGAGGAUAUAUGUGGUUGCUCUGGUUGGAGAGGACAGAUUCCAGGGGAUCCAGGAUUUGUCAUUAUCAUCAUAACGGUCUAAUUGAUGGACCUGUUGUUCUCUGGACAUCCAUGACAGCUCUUGUUUCUACAGGACUGAAGGUCAUAGUCAGGUGGGAAACUGUAUAGCUGUGUGGAGGAGCAGAAACAUGUCCAUUUGGGGCAAAAGUGGUGUUGGACCUGUACAUCCAACAUUCAUGAGCACUGCUGAUUGAGAGGUCAAGAAGAUGUCUAGGAAAGGUCUCCAGAGAACUCUACGUUCUGGAGUAUAAAUUUGGGGCCACCUCAAGUCAACUGGACGCACUUCUCCAAAAUCCACCCUGUUCUAGGGUUAAAUCAAUAGAUCCCUGAGAGCUCUAAUUUCUUAAAUAGAUUCGGGACAAAACCAAUCUAGAAGGACAGUUGGUUGGCUCAUGACCAAAGAUUGAGAUCAGGAACAUAGUCUAAUUGGGUCUAAUCAGGGCAAAUUGACGGUUUGGGAUAAUGAGCAUGGAGCUUCUUCUGGGAAGAUGUUACCGCUUCUAGAACAUUCUUCAAAACAAGGACCACACUGGUUUUUGGAAAUGGACAUAGACAUGGACGUUGCUAUUUCAGAUCAGGAAAACGAUGUCCCAUGGUUUGGGUAUCAGGAGACAAUGAUGAUUUACUACUGAAUAGCUUCUAAAGGAAUUUCCAUCACUGUCUGGACUGAUUAA